AUGAAAUUGGUUUUGCGGAGAUUGUGUUUCGUUCUUGUCAUUGCGGCGAAUGUUCGAGUGUUGGCUAGAAUAUUCGAUAAAAUUGAUAGAAGUGCAACGCAGGUUGUUAGGAGCACGGCAUUCGUGCCGAAAGUGGCAAAGAAACUAUGUCUGCUGAAGCCUCAAAGAGGUCCUUGUCGGGCAUACUUGGACAUGUAUUACUUUGACCCAAAGACCCUAAACUGCUCCACGUUCACGUGGGGUGGGUGCCAGGGUAACGGUAAUAGAUUCGACACAAAAGACGAGUGCGAAGACUACUGUAAAACGAAACGUGGUGUUCGGCCACCUGUUCCCAACUUUUGUCAGUUGUCAUUCGACUACGGUUACUGUUUCGGAGAAGUGAAGCGGUAUUACUUCGACCCGAUAUAUAAAACCUGCAAGUUGACCAUUUAUUCUGGAUGCGGUGGGAACAGAAAUAAUUUUUACACGCUGGAAAACUGCCUCUCGAUGUGUCUAUUCGGAAACGGACGCGUCACCACUAAGGCGCGCGCAGGCGCAGAUUUAGAGUACAAGACCGUCGUUAUAGUGAAUCCCCCGUUCACCACCCCACCACGAGGUCUGGCGCAGACCGGGAAAGAUGGCCUUAAUUUGACACUAAAAACGUUUGUGAGGAAAUAUCAGAACGGAUCAGGCGUUUACUUUGUUACUGUUAAGGGAUAA